AAUUUCUCUCCCCGAGCCCUGCAAUAAAGCGCCAAGGUAAAGCUUCUACCUUGGCUCCAUUUUUACCCCCUCUUCAAUCCCGAAUCCAUCACCCACUUUCACUCCACCUCUCUGCGAUACCACUCUGUAUUCGUCCUCUGACGAAGCCUUUCAGGAUACCCUUUGCUUUUGUUUCUAGUCUUGGUUCAAGUGAGCCUCCAAAAUGAGGCUAUAGAAGGAGGAGGAGGGAUGAUUGAGGAAUCGGACCAACCAUGCAUCAAGAUCCCUCACUUGAGCCAAGGCUCGUGGGCUCCUUGCUAAAAAUCCUUCUUAAACGAAAGUCGACUUAAAUUUGUAUUUGGGAUACUCUGGACAUGAACUAGGCUUGAAGUAAACGCAUUGAACUCUUGUUCAGUUUGAGAUGUUAGGUAUCAUUGUGGUCAGUGAGGGAUGGCGAGUAAUGGUACUGCAAAGAUCCCUAUCAAUAAUGAUAAUGAAGGUUCAGAAGCCGCCAUUGAGAUAAAGAUUAAAACAUUGGACUCACAAAUUUAUACUCUCAAAGUGGAUAAACAGAUGCCAGUUCCUGCUUUGAAGGAACAAAUUGCUUCUGUGACUGGAGUGUUGUCAGAGCGGCAGCGCUUAAUUUGCCGAGGAAAAGUUUUGAAGGAUGAUCAACUCCUUUCUGCCUAUCACGUUGAAGAUGGUCAUACCUUACAUCUGGUUGUGAGGCAACCUGAUCUACCUGGGAGUUUGCCCAAUCAAUCAGCAACUGAUCCACAUUCAAGCACAAACAAUAGUCACAGUAAUCAAAUAGCUCCUGGCGUUUUUAUUGAAACUUUUAAUGUGCCUGUUCAGGGAGAUGGGGUUCCUCCAGAAGUUAAUAGGAUUAUUUCUGCUAUUCUAGGAUCUAUUGGAAUUUCAAAUUUUCCAAGUGGUGGUGAAGGGAUUGAUGUCAGGGGACAUGAUUCCCGAGGGCUUGGGAGAACAUCAGGUUCUAGUGGUAUAUCAGAUUCAUUUCAUUCUCCACCUGAACAAGCUGGUUUGCGGAAUUCAUCUGAUAGAUUGCGUAAUGCAUUCGGACUUCCGACGGCAGCUUCCUCUUUGGGAUCAUUACAGCCUCCUGUCAUUCCUGAUUCUUUGACAACUUUAUCUCAGUACGUGACUCAUCUAAGGCAUGAAUUUGAAGCCAUCGCGAGAGAAGGGGGAAAUUGUGCCCAAGCAGCUGAAGCUCAUAGGAAUGAAUCAUCAAUUUCUUCUUCACCUUCAGGUUCUACAUCACAAGGGCUUUUGUCACCUGCGUACUUGGCAGAAGUGUUGCAUUCUACCAGACGGAUGUUCAUUGAACAGGCUAAUGAGUGCUUACUUCAACUUGCAACACAACUUGAGAAUCAAGCAAAUGUAACUGAUCCCCCGUUGCGGUCAAACACUCAGUCUAGGGCUUGGAGGACUGGAGUUCUGUUUUACAAUCUUGGUGCGUUUUUACUCGAGCUUGGUCGUACGACCAUGGCAUUACGUUUGGGUCAUGCACCGUCUGAAGCUGUAGCUAAUGGCGGACCAGCGGUUUUUAUAUCCUCAUCUGGUCCUAACCAUAUUAUGGUUCAGCCUCUUCCUUUUCAACCUGGGGCAAGCUUUGCCCCUGCCCCUGCCCCUGCCCCUGCCCCUGUCCCUGUUGGAGCCGUGCAGUCCCCUUCUGGUUUAGGUAGCGGACUUGGUUCAAGUUUCUACCCAAGGCGUAUAGAUAUUCAAAUACGGCGAGGUACAUCAACAUCCUCAGCUAAUGUCAACAGAGAAGAAAAUGGGGAUGCACAAUCUGCCACAGUACAAAGAAAUCCUGUUGAAAUUUCUGUUAAUCAAACAAGCUCUAGACUUCCAGAGGAUUUAUCUUUUGGUGGGGAGUCAGGAGUACGGAUAGUGCCAAUUAGAACCAUGGUUGCAGCAGUACCUAGCCACUUAGGUCGCAACCCUUCAGAAUCUUCUGCUAAUUCUAUAGGUCUUUACUAUCCUGUUAUCGGGAGAUUUCAGCAUGCACCUUCUGGACAUGGGAAUAGUGACUCAGGAUCUCAGUCUGCAGGUCAGCAUCAUGCUUCGGGUUUUCAUGCAGUGCAACAGUCAACGCCUGAAUCUACUGGGCAAAGGCAAAGCAUGGAUGAUCCUGCAAGAAAUGGAUCUUCAUCGAUUCCUACCUUAAGACAGGAACCAUCUAAUACCCGCAGGGUGAACAUCAAUAUUCUGACGGCUGGUGGACUCCAGAACAACCAAGAAUCUGAGAGGCAGAUACCCAAUAAUGUACUUCAAUUUAUAAGAACACUUUUUCCUGGUGGUGAAGUUCAUGUUGAAGAUUCUAGUUCACAGGGAACGACUGGUGUUCCUACCUCAGAUCAUGCUGGACCAUCAACAGGUGCUGCUCGUGCCCCAGAGUCAGAGCCCAGAGCUAGUGAGGAAGGCCUAUUUUUGUCUAACUUGCUACGUGAGGUCAUGCCUCUCAUAUCACAAGCAGGGUCUGGAACGCAUGGAACUCCUCAAGGUGAAAAUGCUUCAGACAAUCAAACAGCUUCUGAUUCUUCCACCCAGGUUGGGAUGUCACGCAGACAAAGUGAUUCUGAGCCAAGCCCUCCAAAUCCUAAACGCCAAAAGAGGGAGUGAUAUAUAUGAUCAGUGAUAAGGUGCAAUCUGAUUGUGGAAGAUUUGGAUCAAAGCAAGCAGGAUUCAUGGCUGAUAUAUUAAAUUGUCAAAUUAAGAUUAUGUGCUUGUCCAGUUAUUUCCUCAAGAAUGAUAUGACUUUGUCCAGAUGCAGGCAAUCUUUAGGAAGUUUAUGUACCUUGAUUGUGAUGUCAUCUUGUACAAUAUGGGGCAUUGGAUCUGAGCUUCACAUAAUUUUCUUUGAAAGCAAUGGAAUGUAUAAUUAUGCUCAA